GCGAUAGGCGUUCUUCCUCUUGCCCGCACGUUCCUCCAACUAGAGAGCGUCACCGCCUGUGCGCGCCAUCGAUCCAAUAUUACAUAAUCGGCCUCCGACGUUGAUAAUCAAGGUGGAAUUAUUGUUCAAUUCAUCAGUUGUAGGAGGAGAUCGGUCUUUUCCCUAUUAAUCUUGUUCAACGAGGAAGGCGAUUAGACAGUGUUUUGCUGCAUUAUUUGCUGUUUGAUGAUGGAUGACGGAGUGCCUCCAAGCCUUUUUGUUAAUGAUGGUUCAUUCAUGGAGAGGUUCAAGCAACUUCAACAAGAGCAGGAGAAGAAAAAUGAAAAAUUAGAGGAUUCUAAACCUAUUAAAAUUGUUUCAGGGUCUUUGACUCCUAAUCUUUCUGGUAGUAAAAAGAUCUCUGCAGACUUGAAGGCUAAUACACAGAAAACAUCCCAGGCUGUUUCCAGUGGCAAGCUUGCAUUCAGUUUAAAACAAAAGUCGAAGCUAGUGCCUCCACCUGUUAAGUUAAGUGCAGAUGAUGAAGAAGAAACAGAUGGUAGUAAUGUUUCGAAUGAGGCACCUCUAAAACGGCAAAAGUUGGGGCGUGAAGAUGUCACUGAGCGAUCUUCUAGACAAUCUGAUGAUGCACCUCCUUCCCCAAGUGAUCCUACAGUGAAGAAAGUUGCUGAGAAACUAGCAAGUUUUGUGGCUAAAAAUGGAAGGCAGUUUGAGGAUGUUACACGUCAAAAAAAUCCAGGGGAUACACCUUUCAAGUUUUUAUUUGACGAGAAAUGUGCUGACUACAAAUAUUAUGAGUAUCUACUAGCCCAGGAAGAAAAGGCUCUGGUGCAGCCCCGGGAAUCACAGACAUCACGUAAUGUGGGUACAAGCUCCUCUUCAUCUAGACCGACCAAUGUUCCUCGGAGAUCAUCUCAGCAGCAUUCAGCUUACCAAAUUCCUGCAUCUGCUCUAUACGACAGUUCUGAAGAUCCUGGAGGUUAUGGAUCUUCAGGUCAAGCAGCAUCAGGAGGAAGUGCUAAUGAAACUGGCGGAUCAUCAAAUGCUGAUUCUUUAGCAUUAAUGGAGUUCUACAUGAAGAAAGCUGCACAGGAAGAGAAGAUGAAAAGACCUAAGUAUUCUAAAGAUGAGAUGCCCCCUCCUGCCUCUCUUCAAGCUUCUACUAAAAAAGGUCAUCACAUGGGUGAUUACAUUCCCCAAGAAGAACUAGAGAAGUUCUUGGCUACCUGUAAUGAUGUAGCAGCGCAGAAAGCUGCCAAGGAGGCUGCAGAGAAGGCUAAAAUUCAGGCUGAUAAUGUGGGUCACAAGCUUUUGUCUAAAAUGGGAUGGAAAGAAGGCGAGGGUCUGGGCAGCUCCAGGACUGGUAUUUCAGAUCCAAUCAUGGCCGGUAAUGUUAAGAUGAACAACUUGGGGGUUGGUGCAAACAACCCUGGGGAGGUGACUCCUGAGGAUGAUAUAUACGAGCAGUACAAAAAGAGGAUGAUGCUUGGUUAUCGUUACAGACCCAAUCCUCUGAACAAUCCUCGCAAGGCUUAUUACUGAGGCAUGAAGCAUAAACGUCAGUCUUGUUUAGGAAAAAUGGUUGGUGUUGUUGGAUGAGCAUGUAUGGGUCAUUCUGUACUGUACUUCCAUCAGCAGUGCGACUCUCCCGGCUUAAUUUUUUUUUUUUGGGUCCCCGCUGCCUUGGUGAAAUUUGUUUACUUCUAUUAUAAUUACACUUAGCCAAGAAAGAAUUGUGUUAGAAUUUUCAUUUAAGCUUUUAUCCGUCUUGAGCUAUCCUUUUGCACACUAUUUAUCGAGAAGGGAUUGGGCUGUGUUUCACGUUUGUUAAUGAAGCUUGUUCUUAAUAAACAAAAUUGUUAGGCGAA